UAAAAAAGAAUUCUUCAAAUAAAAUAAGGAGAAAUGAAGAAUAUGGUCAAUACGAUACUGUUCGACAUAUCUAAGAAUGAAUUGUUUAAAAUCAACGAAAACUUCAAACUGCUGCAUAGGAAACUCAAAUCCACGUGGAAAGUCAUGAUCAACCGAGACGAACUAUCCACCAACAAUCUGCAAGAUGUCAAGAUCCUCGUGGUACCAGGGCCGCAGAACGUAUUCACAGAUGACGAGCUGGCCUGCCUAAAGAACAUGGUCGAGAGGGGGGAUUCAGUCCUGGUGAUGAUGACAGAUGGUGGGGAGGAGCGUAUGAAUACGAAUAUCAACUUUUUCUUGGAGGAAUAUGGGAUUGUUGUCAAUAAUGACUGCGUGGUUCGCGCCAAAUACCACAAGUUCUAUCACCCGAAAGAGUGCCACAUCUCCAACGGGAUCCUGAACCGGGGCGUUCUCAAACACAUCAUGAAGAUGCCCAACUACUCCAGCGAAUCUGAUGAUUACCUCGAAGACCCACCGACUCCCAACUUCGUAUACCCUUACGGAGCCACUCUGACGGUGAAGAAGCCAGCGGCGGCCAUCUUGUCGAGCAGUGACGUCUGCUACCCCGUGAAGAGGCCAGUAGCUGCUAUGUACACGUCUGAGAGAAGUGGGGGAAAACUGUUUGUGAUAGGGUCGGGGCACUUCUUUACUGACCAGUACCUCGAAUGCGAGUGCAAUGACCUCAUCAGGGAAAUGGUGUUUAACCAUUUGGGAGGCACCGUCGAUGUACACCUAAAUCCCGUUGACGUCGAAGAUCCUGAUGUCAACGAGUAUAGAACCCUGGGUGACAUGCUGUGGUUGAGCAGCAUACCGUUGCCUGAACCGGCCACGGCGCCACCUCCCCGUUUGACUCCUCUCCACCCGCAUGCACUGUUUACAUGGAAACUGUUCUCUUUGAAUUUAGCACAAUUGCCAGAAGUACUAGGAUUGUAUGACGCUUUAGGAGUUAAACACGAACCGCUAAGGUUGAUAGCGCCACAGUUUGAAACACCAUUUCCUCCUCUUCAGCUAGCUGUAUUUCCUCCCACCUUCCGGGAGCCGCCUCCCCCGCCGCUGGAGCUGUUCGACCUGGACGAGGCGUUCAGCUCGGAGCGGUCGCAGCUGGCCAGGCUGGCCAACAAGUGUCUGCAGCCGCCCACGAACAGGAUGGGGCAAGGUGACAGUCGCCAAUUGGAGAACGAAUUGGAAUAUUUCGUCCGCGAGUGCGGCCGAGUGGUGCGCCUCGCCCGCGCGCCGCCGGCCGAGGGCGCGCCGCCGGCGAAGGGCAUCCUGCACCAGCUGGCGGUACAACUGGCCACUUUUAAGAAAAUUGCGCCAAAAGACUAAUGGCCGGGGUAGACAUAGUCUCGGAGCCUCGCCUAAAAUGCCUUGUGGCAUUAAGUCCACCUGUUGUACAUUUUACGUGCAUAAAGUUUAAAUAAAUAAAUAAAAGAAGCCGGAGUUAAUAUUAUAAAUAUAGUCAAGUUGCUAAAUAUCUCAAUUCUAUCAUUAAGCCAAACAGCUGAACGUGGCCUAUCAGUCUUUUCAAGAUUGUUGGCGCUGUCUACCCCGCAAGGGAUUGUUAUAGACGUGAUUAUAUGUAUGUAUGUAUGUAUGCUAAACAUGAUGACAUUUUAUUAAAAUAUUA